AUGUCGAGCACACUCACAAUUCACCACCUACGGAAAUCCCAAUCCGAACGCGUCGUUUGGCUUUGUGAAGAGCUCGGCAUCCCAUACAAUCUCGAAUGCCAUGAUCGUGUUCCCCCGGCCAUGCUGGCCCCCGAAAGUAUCCGUCGACUGCACUGGUCCGGUACAGCGCCCGUCAUCCAAGACGGCGACAUCACACUUGCCGAAUCCGGCGCCAUCUUCGAAUACAUCCUUGCCAAGUACGGCAAUGGCAAGCUGGUCCUCGGACCCACCCACCCGAAGUACGCAGAUUAUCUCCUCUGGCUCCACCAAGCCAACGGGACGUAUAUGCCCGCGGUCACCUCCGUCAUGCUUGGACGCAUGAAGGGUGAUGAUGACGAAAGUCCGACACAGAAGGUCAUGCAAAACAGGGCCAAUGCGAAUCUCCAAGCCAUGGAAAAGCAACUUGGAACAUCCGCUUAUCUCGCUGGUGAUGAGCUCACGGCCGCUGAUUGCAUGUCUGUUUUUGGCUUGACCACGUUCCGUCUUUUCAUUCCCUCCGAUCUCACGGAGUAUCCGAACAUCGUCGCCUGGUUGCAGAGGGUCGGACAGCGUGAGGCCUACAAGCGGGCUAUGCAGAAGGGUGAGCCUGGGCUUGAGCCUAUGCUUGCGGCUGUGCCGCAGCCCCUUGCCCAGUGA